UUAGCUGUCAGAGACAGUAACAUAAGAGCAUACUCAGUAAAUGCUUGUUUUACUUCAUCUACAACAUUUUGUGCCAUGGAGCAAUGUUCUUUGAAUCUGGUAUAACUGCUUUAACAAGGUGUUACUUUGAGUUUCUGCAUUAGAAGCUCAUCUCAACAGAAGAAUGCAAAGCAGGAAUUGUUAGCAUUCGGGCAGCUGUUUGGAAAACACAGUUUCUAUGCAGGAUUUUAAACUACUGAAAUUAGGCUUGGGUUUGGGGUUUUUUUUUAUCUUCAAAAGAAGAGCUGGUAAGACUAAACCACAAGUUCUGGGCCAGAUAAGCUGAAACUGUUUUUUUUUUAACUAUAAGAACCAUAAGUAUGAAACACCAAGAAGUUCCUGCUAGUGAAGCAAAUGUAUUAUACACAGGGAUAGGACCUUCGUGUACAGGUAACAAUAUUGCAGUCAGCUCUGUGCAUCACAUGAAGGACAAACCUUACCUCACCAAACGGAGAGGAUGUCCCAGUGAUCCUUGGACUGUGAACCAAGCUACCAGUACUCAUGUGCAAAAACAAACCAUCAGCAAUCAGUUCCACAGCUUGGGUAACAGCAAAUUAAACCGCAGCGAUGAAUGCUACACAGAGACAUCAGUUAUUGCUCAGCCCAUAUUUGUUUUUGAAAAGAAAGAACGACCUUUCAAGAGGCCUGCAGAAGACCUGGUUUGCAAGGCUGAAAAUGGUGAUUUCAUUGGUUGUUCCAGGAAACGGGCAAGGUCUUCAUCUUUUACUUUCCAAACGUCGGACUCGCAGUUCUACAUAGAUACAGCACUGUCUCAGAAAAGAGUGAGAUCAUCUUCCUGUACCAUCCUUCCGACCUUUCCUCCAUCACAGCCAGUAAAGAAUAACGUAUUCAUGACCUCAGCUCUUCUCCAAAGAAACCAUGACACCACAAGAACAGAAAAAGGAGUCUUUUCACAAAUUCAGCAGUGGACUGUCAUAAGACCUGCCAUUUUACAGCCACCACAGUCUCAGAUAUGUGAGGAAAGAAGACAGAUGUGCACUGAAAAUAUACUGGCAUCUUCCAAAACUAAAGAGAAAGCAAAUAUUCAGUUGUCUGAAGAGAGCUCUCAUUGCCCAGCAGAGAACUCAGGAAGUUCUGAGACAACAGUGAGGCCAUCUAUCUCCAUGCACCUUUCUAGCCCUAAAACAAUAGGAAAUCAGACAGUUGAAGAUGUAACUUUUUUAAACAACAGAAAUUCUACUUUUGUGUUUGGAGAAAACAUGGUAGAGAGAGUUUUGAGUCCUCAGAAAUCUCCCAAGCUGCAUAAUGAAACUGAUCUAUGCAAGAAAGAAAUAACAUCCACAGAUGCCAAAACUGUUCAUAUUGGUUAUUCACAUACAAAAACAUUUUUUGUCAAGAAGUCAACACUAAUUGAAUCAGCUGCGGCUUACAUUUCCAAACCAGCACAGAAAUAUUUGUUAGAUAAAGUUGAAGUUAUAACAGGAGAAGAAGCAGAACAUAACGUGUUGCAGAUCAGUUGCAAGCUUUUUGCAUUUAAUAAACUCUCACUAUCCUGGACUGAAAGAGGAAGAGGAUCCCUGAGGCUUAAUGACACUUCAAGCAAUAAACAUGGAACAUUACAGUCAAGGCUAGUUAUGCGAAAUCAAGGCAGUUUGAGACUGAUUCUCAACACCAAACUCUGGACUCAGAUGGCGAUAGAAAGAGCAAAUCGCAAGAGUCUGUGCAUCACUGCAACAGACCUAGAAGACCAUUCUGUUAAAGUAUUUCUAAUACAGGCAAGUUCAAAAGAUACGGAGUACCUGUAUACAGCAAUACAUCACCGUCUUGUUGCACUGCGAAGCUUUGCUGAGCAAGAAUUGGAUGCAAAUCAGGUUGACAUAGAGCCAGAAACAGUCUUUCAUUCAUUAAACUGUGAUAGUGAUGAUGAUGAUGAAGAUGAAACAAUAACUCAAGUGAGCAGCAAUGAAUCAGGACACAAUUGUUCCCAUUUAUGGAUUUUUGGAGAGGUGGAAAUCAGUGGUGAGGGAAGGGUCUGGUUCUCCAGCAAGAUCAUUCUAGAUGGAUCCGCAGACAGCCUGUUGUCUGCUCAUGACAGCUACCUAUGAUUACAUCAAUACAGUUGAUAGCUCAUCUUGCUGAAAAACUGUAAACCAUCUCAGCAGUCUUGGAGAAAGGAAAUCCUAUGCAUUCACAUUCUAUGAUUUUCAAGCAAAGAUUAACUUUCAGGACAACAUAAGCUUAAUACAGCAGAAAUGGACUUCAGAAGCACUUUAAGGAUUCCAAUCUUCAUUCCUUGUGCUGGAAUAGGAAUGACAAGGUGGCCUCCGGUAUUCAAGAAACAUUACAAAGCCUUCCAAUUUGGAAUUAAUCAUAUAUGGAGACAUUAAUAAUGUGAUAGAUUUUAUAUCUAAUCAAGGUUCAUUCAUCAUAUUGAUGGCAAGAAUCGUUUAACCAUCAGAUAGUGAUAUUUCUAAAAAGAUAUAUUUAUUGUUUCAGUUACGUAAUGUCUGUCCAUAAAAAGAUGCAUAUUAUGAACACUUGCAACAUCGUUUUAUUGGAAAGAGCCAUUGUAGUUAUUUGCUAACAUUCAAGGUCCUAUGCUGCAGUCUGUAUUCAUGCAGAACUCCUUGUGAAUGAGAGUUUCAUAUGAAUGAAGUCUACAGAAACUAAUCUUUAAUUAAACAAGAUCUUUGUUUUGAAAAUA